UGUUGGCUUUUGGGUGAGAGGCCAGGGCCAUACAGAAAGGUCACCUGAUGCCCGGUGCAGAGGGCCAGACUGGGCCGAGCGCUGGCCGUGGCUCCACUUCCUUCUGCCAUCAUCGCCGCAAGAAGCAGCUGUCCCUUGUCUUUGCCUCCCAGCUGUCCUGGCCCAUGGAGUGGCUCCGGGGUCCCUGGCGGCACUGUCUCUCCGGGCUGCUCUUACAGCUGCUCUUGUCCAUCUGCUUCUUCUCUUACCUGAGGGUGACCUGGGACCCUCCCACGGGGUCCCCUACACCCGCGCCCAGCUCGGAAGACGUGGUCCCCACAACUCCCCAGAGGACCCCAGGGCUGGCUUCCACCACGCAGCCCCCCGCACCCCGGGGCCUGCUCAUCCUGCUGUGGACCUGGCCAUUCGGCCAGCCAGUGGCUCUGUCCCGCUGCUCGGAGAUGCGGCCGGGCACAGCCGAUUGCCGCAUCACCGCCAACCGCAGUGUGUACCCCCAGGCCGAUGCGGUCAUCGUCCACCACCGGGACAUCAGUUUCAAACCCAAGAGGCAGCUGCCACCUUCGCCUCGGCCACCGGGCCAGCGCUGGGUGUGGUUCAGCUUGGAGUCCCCCAGCCACUGCAGGCAGCUGGAGGCCCUGGAUGGCUACUUCAACCUCACCAUGUCCUACCGCAGGGACUCGGACAUCUUCACGCCCUACGGCUGGCUGGAGCCCCGGGACGCCCAGCUCCCCGCCCCGCCCCUCAACCUCACGGCCAAGACCAAGCUGGUGGCCUGGGUUGUGUCCAACUGGAAGGAGAACUCGGCCCGGGUGGGGUACUACAACCAGCUGCGCCUGCACCUCCCGGUGGACGUGUACGGCAGGGGCCACCUGCCCCUGCCCCGCCAGGACAUGCAGGAGCGCCUGGCCCGCUACAAGUUCUACCUGGCCUUCGAGAACUCGCAGCACCCCGACUACAUCACCGAGAAGCUGUGGAACAAUGCUCUGGGGGCGCCCGCCGUGCCCGUGGUCCUGGGCCCCAGCCGCGCCAACUACGAGCGCGUCCUGCCGCCUGACGCCUUCAUCCACGUGGACGACUUCCCGAGCCCCCGAGCCCUGGCGCAGCACCUGCUGGCCCUGGACCAGGACGACGCCCAAUACCUGCGCCACUUCCGCUGGCGGGACACGCUGCAGGUGGGCAUCGGAAACUGGACCCUGGCUUUCUGCAAGGCCUGCUGGCGGUUGCAGGAGGGUCCCAGGUACCAGACAGUGGCCAGCAUUGCAGCCUGGUUCAAGUGACGCAGCUGGCAUGCCCUCCCCCCCGUGGUAUGUCACUGCAAGGGACUCUUCUGCUGGAGAACUUACCUGCGGGAAGUCUCACACGCAGGUGUC